CUCUGCUUCCGGUCGUAUCUUUGACGUCAGUUCGGUCGGAAGACUCCCGCAGUUGAGACCGAGUUCUUGAAUAUGGGUUCUUUCUUGUCCCAACCUCUGGAGCCCAUCAAAGUCGCUGCGCCUCCUGAGGUCACCAACUCCGCCGAGCCCCUGCCCCUGGCUGCACCUGGAGCGCCGACCUCUCCAGCGGAAGCGCCUCUACUUAAUAACUGCUGGAGCUGUCGCGUGCUCUCCGGGUCGGGGCUGAUAGGGGCGGGCGGGUACGUGUACUGGGUGGCGCGGAAGCCCAUGAAGCUGGGAUACGCCCCGAGUCCAGGGACUAUUACGCAGAUGGUCGUCGGCAUCAGCAUAGCUUGUUGGGGUGUAAUCAUCCUGGCAGACCCCAAAGGGAAAGCCUUCCGUGCUGAUUGAAAGUACCGCCAGUGAAGUUGCCAUCUUUGUCCAUGUCCCCAUGACACCAGAACAAGCAUCGGACUUACAGAUGUUCUGGACAGACAAAUGGAUAUUGACAGACUUCAGUCCUGCAGAUACGACAAGACUGAAAAGACAAAUGUAGGUGGUUAUUUUUUUGGCGAUGAAUAUUUGUGGCCUUCUUCUCAGACUCCACAGGGACCAUUAAAUCCCUCAGAGAAGAGAACAAGUUCUGUGUCUUAUCUAGAGGAAGAAGAUAUAAUAAAAAUGAAGACGAGAUGAUAAACCAAAUUGGAAAACGAACCAAAUUAUUAUUUAAAAAAGUUCUCUUUACUUCUCCUAUAAUGGCAUCAACACUUAUUAGCAACUUAACACUGGGUUUGUAUCAUACAAUGUGCAGAAGUACAUAAAACUUUACAUGCGUACUGCUUA